AUGUCUAUGAUCGAGAGCACUUCGCAUACCCAUGCCAAAGGCAGCCGCCGAUCCGGGAAGAAGAACCGUCCAAGCAAUCCGCACGAUGGUUUUGUGUCAGAUGUUGGUGCGCCCACCGAACAUCAGCGCAACAACUCCCCAGCCAGUAAUGCGGUCAAGAACAAUGGAAAAGGCCAUCCAAGGAAGAAUUCAUCAGCUCAAAAUACCGCCGCUUCUGUGGGAAAACACGACAAGAUGAAAGCCACUCCUAUGAAACCCGCCGCCUACGCAGGGGCUACCUUUCAGCAAUCUCCAGCCGCCUCUGCGUUGCCUUUACCGAGUUUUUAUUCAAAGUCGAUGCCUGCAGCCGGACCUCUUACAUCCCAAAUCAGUGACGAGGCUAGCGCCGAUACUCGCCCUGCCGCGCAACAGGUUACCGCCUCGCCUAACAAGCGAGAAACGACGCCGUGUGACUUCCUCUUCGACGCCGCUCGCCAAGCGCGGGCCACCCCUCGAGGCGACACGCCUGGAGCCCGCUCAGGCAACAUGUCCAUUUCCAACGGCAGCCCUGCCUCUGGAUCACCUGCGCCUCGCGACGGCGACCCCAUGUUUCCAUUCGAGUUGGAUGGAGCAUCGGCUGCAGGUGAAGACGGUGCCUUUUCAGCGACACCUUACAAAGACCGUAUUGAGGCGUUGAAGUCGACUAGGUCGACGUCUUUGCCCAGUAAAUCCAUGAACGAGCAUGAGCGGAAGGCGAAAACCGACGCUCUGAAGCGACUGCUAAUGAAGUCGAGUGGGCAACCUCACGACAACAACUUCCAGCCUGUCCAAGACAUGAGCAAUCCUUUCAACGCAAGAGCUCCAUAUCAGCCACCUCCGGCCCCGAAUCAGGGUCCUCCUCUUGUUCGCCAUACAUCUGGACCAUCAACCAUGUUCAAGCAAGACCAAAGCGGUUACGGUGCCCCACAAGCCUUCCCACAAAUGCCGUAUCAGUAUCAACCCACGCAGAUACAGACUCCAAAGAGACCUAAUUCGUCGAGCUUGAGAAACGUUUAUGGUGCUCAGAGCGAGCCAGAGUACGCCGAAUUGUCCUCUGACAGUGCUGUUACACCACCAGUUUCGACUCAACGACGACACACACCGCAAUACAUACCACAGUAUAACACUGCUGCUCCCUUGGAUUCGCCAUAUUCGAAACAACAGCAAAUGCCGAACCACCGUGCUAAACCAAGUGCGCAGCAAUUGGAGGAUGAUUUGAGACGAGUUCUGAAGUUGGAUCUCACGACGAGGGGUUAG